AUGCUUGAAGCGCAGAUAGUUGCUAUCCCUAAGCCAGACCUUAGUGUUAUAGCAUGGAAAGGGGAUGAUAACACAGUUAUGAAUUUUGUUGAUUUCUUAAACACUAAUGAGUAUGGUUUGUCCUUCACUUGCACACACCACCCCUCACAAAUUAAUUUUCUGGACAUAACGGUGGAGGCGGUAGAGGAGAAACUGAUGGUGUCAUCCUAUAAAAAAUCCGUUGACGCCUGUAGUUACAUCCCGUAUACGAGCAACCAUAAGAAAGGUUGGCUUAAUAAUGUACCUAAAAGUCAACUUUUUAGGAUUAGACGUAACUGCACAUUAGAUUGUACUUUUGCUGAGCAAGCUGAGGAACUUAUUACCUCCUUGAGAAAACGUGAUUAUCCCGAGGAUGUAUUAGAAGAGGCCAUAGCCUAUUCACAAACAUUAGAUAGGAGGAGUAUCUUAGAAACUACUAACACACAAUCAUCUUAUGUGAACCCAAAUGAGAAAGAAGGUUCAUGUACUAUCAUAGCACGAGAUAUCCCUCCAUCCAUUGAAACAGUUACUGAGGAACCUAGAUCUACUAAUAAUAAUAAUAAUAAUAAAAAUAAUAAUAAAAAUAAAAAAGUUAACAGUGAUAAUAAAACUCAAAAAAUUAAUCAAUAUAAUCUGGCUUUCAAAUCAAAAUUUAAUGUAAAAGCAAAUAAAAUCUCUUGUAUAAUUAAACUACGCCAGAGAAGCAGCACAGCCAGGCCACAGCCAACACUGCCAAGUGAUGCAGAUGGUGGGAAUGCAGGUUCUUCUUCUGCAAACCCCCCUCCACUAAGGCGCCCAUCACAGGGCUCGGUGAGUGUGCCUAGGAGGCCAACCAAGAGACGUCGUCUUGAGGCUGAAUCUGCUGCUCCAUCAUCACCACCCCAACGGCGCAUCUCCGCAGUGUUGUCCCUGCCACCACAAGCAAUUUUGGCGAGUCCACAAAGCGAGGAUCCACAAUCACCUCAGCUGUCUGAACCACCCAUCAUGGUCGAGGACGCACAGCAGGAAAGUGACCAGCAGCCUACCUACACACUACACCUGCAGCCAAUUGAUCCUACCCAGCCAACCACGCAGCAGGACAUAACACAAACACCCCAAACAUCCCAUAGCCCCCAAUUGAGGCCAACACCACCCCAGCAACAAAUGGCCCCUGAGUUUUGGAACAGUUGGGCCACACAACAGGCACAAAACUAUGCCUGCCUGAACACCCACACCCAAUACCUUGCCAGUCUGCCCCAUCAUCUUCCUCGCCUCAGUCGGAACUCAGGCAGACUGAUAGUUCAGGUUGGCAGAAUUGGCAAUUCAAUGGAGCAGAUGAGGGCAGACAACAGUCAAAUGCAAGCCAAUUUGCUCAGAAUCAUCGAUGAACAACAGCGGCAGCAACAAGCCCUCAUACAAAUAAUACAACACAACCAACUGGUCAACGAAAACCUAUCCAGAAUUAUUGCCAGCAACACUGCCACAAAUACCCAACUGACUGCAAGCAUACACAACCUCAGCCAAAGCAUUAAUGUGUUGGCAUCCCAACAAAUCAGCUCAAGCUCCGGAACUACUACACCAAGCCAGGCCCCAGUUACCUCCCCUGUUAGACGCUCCAGCAGAACACGGGCCAACGAACCAGGUCAAUCCUCUGCACCCAGCACACAAAAAAAUAAAUAAUGAAG